GCCCGGCCGCAGAUCGGGGAAUCAGUUGGUGCUGUGCCUCAGCGAUGGAUACACAGAAGACGACGCCAGUGCGCAAAUUCAAGAAACCAAAGUUCCCUCGGAUCGAGGAAGAUCGUUGGUGUGAGUUGCCCGACCUGGUGUUGGAAAGGAUAUUCUCGUAUCUCAACGCUGAACAGAAGUAUUACGCUUCGCUGACAUGCUCCUCGUGGAACAGGGGGUUCUACCUGUCACCAGCAUGGGCCACAUUUGUGUUCCGAGACACAACCCUUACUCGCCGCAAGUUCAACUAUUACUCAGGCUGGCAGUACAUCUUGGAUCACAUACGGACCCAACAGUGUCUCAGCAGCAUCGGAAUGCACAUACGAGUGUUGGUCUUCUCUCCGAUGAUCAACUUCUACAACCUGUAUGAGUUCAUGAACAUGUUGUCGUACUACGCAGAACAUCAGGGGAGGGAUCGUCGUACUGUCAAGGGCGUAGGGUCCCUGAUCCAUACUCUGAAGUACACUUUUCCCUGCAACAUGAACCCAAGAGAGGAAGAUCACCAGAGAAACAGAAGACUUUACGGGACCGGAGGCAAACUACUAGAGGCUUUGAAGCGGCUGAUGGGAAAUCUGUUGUCGCUGCGUAACCUAGAACUAAUCGACCUGAUGUUGGACCAUCACGAGGCGUUGUAUCUGCUGGACCAAGUGUGUUGCAACCAGACUGAGACUCUCAAAAGACUGAAACUGAUCAACCCUACCAAGACUGCUUGUCAACUGCUGCAUGUGGGGGUGUUCUUGAACCUACAGGUGCUAGAGAUUAGUCCGCAGAACUUGGGAGCAGAAGUGAUCUACUUGCUAGGAGAGAUUCGACUGAGGCAUCUUCACAUCCUGCAAAACCGUUACACUCCGCUGGACGUGACAGCUGUGGGGAGCAAGUGUUGGAGGGAUUGUGCCAAGCGCAACCCGGGGCUGAAGGUACAUCUAAGGGUGGAAAGCACUAGAGAGCGACAUUUGCUGUGGCAAGAAGGAGCUCCUGUACACACAGUGUUGUACUCCAGUCCGCAGUGUAAGUUGCAGACUGACGUGGUUACGCGAGCCAUAGACCUUUACCAAGAGAAGUUAUGUGUCUUUGGUCACAUUGGCCUACCUCGAUUCCAUCAGCCUAAGAGCUUCAAUGACCGCAUUGACCCGUUUUUACUGAUGCUUUGUCGAGCCUGCCCCAAACUUCACACUCUGGUAGUAAGAGAGAGGAUCUCAACCAGUACAGUACUGCUGUUAGCUGACGUAGGCAAGAACCUGCGUCAUCUGUAUAUCAGACGCAACGCAGUCAUACUGCGUUGUGAUUGGCCUCGCAACCCUGAGUGGUCACCUGGGUUCUACGAGUGGCUGCGUAUGUCUUCACGCUCAUACGAGGACACAGAACGUGAAGUGUCCCAGAGGUUUGGACACUCGUGGCACAUGUUGUCUGACAAAGAGUUCACCCGGCUCUCCGUCGGAAGACUCGUCUACGACUGAUGUAAUGUGAUAUUUACUGAGUUAAGGUGCCCAACUUUACUAAGCUGUUAUAUUUAUUUAUUACUAUAUAUGUAUAACGUUUACUUUAAAUUACUACCUAACCAAUUUUCAUAAUUGAGAUGUCAUUGUUAAGCUCAAGUUGCCUUUAGCAUUGACGUUUCGAUACUGAAUUAGACAUCCUAUCUACAUGGACGAUAUGUCACCAAUUUUUGUACUAAAAAGUACGUGGGUAUGUAAUUUCUAGUUGUAUCAAUAGUAGAAGUUUCAUGUUAAUUCUACCUUGUAAGUGCAAUCUGUCAGAAAACUCUUAUCUUCAAGGUGUUAUGAACUUUCAAUACGUAAAACCAUAUCCUUUCUACGUUAUAUUUUAAAAACCUUGACAUAAAUUUACAUGUUAACUCAGUUGAUUGAUUUUAUUGGACUGAUCUGGAUUUAAUUCUAAAUCUUUAUUGACAGCACAAAACAUCCCCAUUCAAAGUUUGAACCAAUAUACAGGCUUUAAAAUAAAUAUAAACAGUAUUGGUAUAAGCAGUUGUUUAAAACAACAAACUUAAAUUUUGAGCAAAGUUAAGUUGCCAUUCUUUGUAAUUUUAUACUGUCAAAAUUCCGAAAUUUCUUGUAAUUUUAAGCCUAGUACUUAACGACAAUUGAAUCUUGUAUUUAAAUAAAAUUACAAUUUGAUUUUUUAUUUUUUCAAAUAAAACUGCACAGUAUAUGUUCUAAAACAAACAUUGACAAGUACUGUUUUAAUAAAAAAUCACCUUCAUACGUUACGUAAAUCAAUAAUAUAUUUAGUGUAAAUCCAGGCAAUUAGAAUCUUAAUUGAGAUAAGGUACAACGCCAAUUAGUCCAGAUUUCUGACUCUUCUGUGUUUGACAUUUCUAAUUACACUUCAAUAAUCCUUAGCUUCUCAGCAACUGUGCUAGUCUUGUGUUUGCUCCGUGAAGGUGCUAUAAACUAUUAAUUAUUUUAACUGGCAGUCAUAUCUUUAGAAUUGCUAGACUGUGUGAGUAAAAUAAGUAAUGUUCAGUUGCAGCAUUGCGUUAUUACAAAGAAAAUGUGUUAAAAUUCAUAGACGGAAAAUUUAUUAAUUCAUCUGAAAGAGUUGGGAACCUUUUCUCUUAUUUUGUUUGAUCAAACGAUUGUGAUAGAUUUUUUACUUGUUAUGACAUGUAUAUAAAGUGUACAGUUUCUUUUGUACACAUUUGGUUAUAAACUUGUUUUACAUUCAA